UUUUCAACCACAUCCUGAUUUGCACCUAGAGACUUUCCACAGGAGGACUGUUUAUCGCAGCUGUAGUUAGCUGCAGACCCGAAACCUAACUUGACCCGAAAUGAUUUAAUCCGCAAAGUCAUUUUUGCUUUGGUCGACAAGGUCUCGACUGAUCACUUCAUCUCUCGUCGUCCUCUCAAGCGCUCAUCCGCUUGCGCGACAGCCACAGCACAGAACGAACAUUAGAAUAAGUGAAUGUUACGGUGCAGUGUGGGUGGUGACAAGCUGUUCACUGGACGAGAAGCGAGUAACAUCGCACAGAGAAACUCAAGCGCCGCGCCAGCAGCUAGACACUUCGUUUCGUUUACCCUGUACGGGGCCCAGAGGAGCACAGCUGCGCCGUCUUUACGCACAACCAGAAGAGCUUUCUGUGAGACGGCUGUGUGUCACCACCAUGUCCGCGGCAACAGCAUCAAUAGCAGAUGUAUCCAGGACUGAUACCGCAAACAAAAAUGAACGGAAUAAGUCAGGUAAUUCCAAAGCUCAGUGCACACCCAUGCCUCAGCCAACAUUGGGCAACCACCAGAUCAUCCAGGGAAAUGGCACUAAUGUGGGCACUGUCAUAUCACUACAGUGCCCGGGGAAGCACAAACUGGUAGGCAGUGAUAUGAGGUGUGUCAUGGGCCCCAACAGCACCUACUGGACAGGACAGUCCUAUUGUCAAGCUCUGUAUCCCAAUGAUUUUGGUUACCGCGUGGCUGUGGUGGCAUCCUUUGUGAGUUCAGGCAUAAUCCUCUUCAUGUCUGUGGCCUUCAUCACCUGCUGUUUGCUUGACUGCAUCAAGGAGGAAGAAAGGAAAAAGGAGGAGAAUGACUCAGAUCCAUGGCAAUGGGAGGAGCCAACCCAGAACGAGGAGAACAACAUGUCUCGUUAUAGUCAUAAGGGCCGCAACAACAACAACAACAACACCCAGGAGAAUCUGCUUUCUCCAUGGGACACCGCUAGCCCUGCCCUGUGUGACAGCAUACGAUCUUGCAGAUGUCACCAGCAUUAUGCCUAUGGUCCUGCCUGCACAAACUAUGGCCCCACACCUCCCCCUGCUGCUCUUCCUGGACACGACUAUAACCAGCCUCUCUUACCCCAAAUGCCAGAACCUGACCCACCUCAGUAUCCCGGCUCUCCCCUGUCCUCCUGUCAAAGUACAAGCCCGGGCCUGGUCCAGAUCUCAGCAGGGGGGUCUGGUUUGGUGUGGCAGUAUGAAGGACAACAGAGCAGUUUAUCAGGAGCAAACCCAUUAACCGCAGAUGAGGCCCCUGGGAGGAAUAUAAACUCGAACAGGAAUAUAUACCCCAAAGAACUUUCCAUAAGGAUUAUAUCAGUGUGAGGACAGCGCACAAAAAUCAUCAAUCAAGACUUUGUUUAAUAUCUAAAUCUGUACAACAGUGUCAGCUGUAUAGACAAGGACUGGGGGAUGUAAUAACUGUAUCAGUAUGUUUUGGUGUAUCAGCAGUGGCAAAAUGGACAGACUAAUGUGCCUUUUUAUGCAAACUGUAAUGGCACACUGCCCCCUGUCUGUAAAGAGGAGCCAGUGUAUUUUCAGGACACCAGCCUUGGAGAGAGCUGUUCUUCGGAUGUCAAGAGGUUUGAGCUUAAAAGGAAGUUCUGCUGCUUGAGGUUAACACUUAAGGGAUCUAUUGCGAUAUAAUUAACUUUGCUGGCAGCUGAGGAGAGUGUGGGAAUCUGGGAAAAGUUCACUCUUGACACGAGAAGAGAUGUUGUAAAACACUGACGUAUGUGUAAAUAAUAAUUUUGAGAAAUGUAAAUAAAUGACAAACGUAUAAUAACAA